AUGAACGGAUUAUCAACGCUCAACAGAUUGUUGGGAAAAAGAAACAAAGAUGUUUCCAAAUCAACAUCCAACCUUAGCCGGUCCACAACCAACUUGGACGCUUCUAGUCACAUGACCACCAGAGUUAUACAGCUGCCCGUGGUCGCAAACACUCCGUUCGAACAAACAUUCCGCGUAACGGUUUUACUGCCACGUGAUCAGCUGUACGUGGCACGCGUUGGUGCCAAAACGAAGCUUUCCGCCCUUCUGGAAAUGGUGUGCAGUGACAAAUUGCUGGAUGCGCAAAAGUAUGUUUUCCGCCACCCAGUCGACUUUCAGCAAGGCUUUGAGCUAGACAUGAAUAUCGGCGAGGUGGGGCUGAGCGAGAUCCGGUUGAUAUCGCGGAAAGAGCUGGAGGCGCUACGCAACAGUGAUUAUCGCCUGAGCACGAGCGACAUUUUUCGGAUGCACCAGAAAAGUGCACGAGAAACGUCCGGCGGUACGUCCGUUUCGUCGUCGGAUAUGAGCCGUACGUCGAAACUAGUGCUGAAAACGACCUCACCCUACAGCUCCACGAAUUCACUCAACUCGAUGGACUCGUCCGGUGUCAGCUCCAGCUCUAGGGGUGGUGGAAGUGGCCGCAACGGUGGUCCCUCUAGCGGAAAAGUGGGUAACGGACAUGGUCAAUUGGGACCACCGGUGGCACCAACGCGCAAAAAGCGGCUCGCUCCUCGACCGCCGAGUCAGAACUCGAUUUCUGAAGUGCGUUUGCAAGAACAAAUGCCGCAUGCUAACGGGACAAGCGAAAAGCUCAGUCCGGUCGAUCACAUCUUCAAAGAACCCCAGUUACCUCCGUACUCGAGACAGAACUUUCACGUUUCAACACCAAAUCUAUACGAUCGUGAGCUGAAGUCGGUUGAUAGUAUCAACAACAACACCAGCACUAAUGGUAACGCAGAUGCCAAAUUCGCCAACGGUAACCGUAAUGGCUAUAGCACAGAUAUUCACAACAAUAGUCAUCGCGUAACGCAAACAAUGAUGCUUGAGGAGGAGGACCGACAGAACCUUAUCAAUACCAAAACGUCGUUUAAUUCGCUCAAAAAUCGCCCGACGUCCAUGUAUAUCAUCCGCGAGCCAGAAUCGAACAGCCUGGAGCGCUCGAUUGACAACGGUGGUAGUAUGAUGGACAUUCAUCACUCCCGAGCUUCAUCCAGCUGUUCGGAUGCGAAAGAUCCCCGAGAUUUCCAGGAUAUGCCCGAGCCAACACCGCGCAAACGUCUGAAUUCCAGUGCCAAAAAGUCGAAAGCCCCUGCACCUCCGCCCAGAGCAAAGACUGCCAUCACACCAGUGCCGACGCCCUCGCCAAGGGCACUAACGCGCUCGACUCUGGAUCUGCUAAGAGAUCACGAUACGACUAUUUCUGAAACGGACUCCAAUUUUAGCAGCGAACCUGAUGAUACGCAACGCAACAGAGUAUCGCGAUUGAACGCCGUUAACGGGAGCGUCCAUCGAGCCCCACACAUGUCGCAGCAGAACGUGUCGAAAGUGAUGCUUAACGUCGAGCAGAUUCCACUGAACGAUCCGAUUGUGACAUCAACUACUCCCGACAGUGGUGAAAAGAAACAUCAAAAGAAUGGAUCGACUUCAUCCGUAUCCAUCAAGAUCGUCGGUAAUGAUACAAGCGAACAACAGCAAAAUCUGUCAUCUCCAUCGACGCCGAUCGUUUCGAAAGUGCAAAUUGGUGGCAAACAAAUGGCAACUAUGGAACAUCCCACAUCUCCUGUCGAUAAUAGCUCUGACGAGGAGAUAAAAAUUUAUAACAUUGAGUCUGGGAAAACUAUGAUUAAGAAAAAAUCUGCACCAGAAGGCGAGCCUGUAAAGCAAAACAAGGACGUCUCUGCUACACCUACUGGGACUAAAUUAGGUCCGUCUCUAGAUAUCGAAUCAAAAGCUCAUCGAACAGUACCAAAUAGAGAUAAUCAAGUGGAUGAACAACAGACGAACGGUGGUGCUGAUGAGGAGCAGUGGACUUACCAGCUUCCAGCUCCUCCUAAGUUUGCUGAUUCGUCUAUUAAAACAAGCGAUUACGACGAACGGGGUCAAUUCUACCGACCGGCGUCCACGUUCGUUGACAAUACGACUUUACGUAGCGAUAUGCUUACUGUCAUGUCCGAUGAACCAAUGGAACGUAUUGAACCGUUUAUCCAUGAACGCUUGCAAACCAUGCUUGAGCUAACUGCAGACCGAAAACUACUAGAUGUUCCGUUCUAUCCCUCGCCACCUGGUCAUCGGGCAGAAAGUCCAUUGAGUACAGCAACAGACACCGAUAGAAUCACGCACGUGUCGGAGCACGUCCCGCACAUCAGCUCAGAUGUUGAAGAUGGCUAUCGAGUUGGCAACGGCCGAUCGGAGGCAGUACCUACAGAUAGGCCAGACAGCACGCAAGAAGCCCGCGAAGUAUGGUUGCAGACGCUUGAGAAACGGCGCGAAAAAAUCAUUGAAGGCGAACUGGAAACACUAAGGGAAUCUAUCGGAGUUACUCAAACCACCGGUAGCGUGGUUGCUCGCUCUCAGUCGGUGAACGAUCGUAAGAGUAGUGUCAUGAGCGAGUUGAACCAACUACUCCGCGAAGGUGUUGAGCUUAGUCGAAAAGAGGAAGCGGAAAUUGCCGUUGUUAACCGAAGCAAUUUAGCAAAUUUCAAAAUUUCGACCUACAAUAGCACGGAAAAUAAAGAAAACAUUAUCACCACUAGCACCAACGCCACCAACUCUGUACUAAUCGAACAGCAAGAGCAGCAGUCUCGCGAACUAAGUUAUGAAAAGACAAUCGAUGCAACUCCGGUCGCGAAAUGUCAAGAAAUGUUCGAAGCAAACGGGAAUUUCAAUGAUAAGGUGCAAACAGAUGUCACUGCGCAUCGAAAGAUGUCUGUUGAUUCCAUAACGCCUCGAAAGCCACAUUCGCUUACGCAAAGCAGCGACGAGGACGAUGCUACGGGCCGGCAAGUCAACGGAUAUUCGGUUCAAGGCAGCAGUGCCAAGAAGGAGGUAGCCCCGGUCAAGCGGCGCAGCUUAACGAUGCAGAACAAAAGCCCGCGGGUAAUUAAUCGUUCGGAUUCGUUCCAUUCAACCCGGUCGGAUUACAUUCAGUCCUUGAAUUCUCCUGCCCAGGCGGGAACGAGCGGUGCCGGGCCGCUGCACCUAACGCCAAGAAGCACGUCAUACAUUUCACUAAUCGGGGCACAGCGCUGGGAAAACCGUGCCGCUUCCGGUGGAUUAUUGUUUGGCGGUGCAAGCUCCUUCAGCCGACGAAAAUCGACCAGCGAGCUCAGCAUCUGCGAUUCUCCCUCCCUACAGAGCCUGGAGGUAAUCAAGAACAUCUUGAACACAUCGCGCAAGAGUAGCAUUAACAAUCUACAUCAGUAUAAUGGUGGUGCGGUGGAAGAUUCAUCCUUAAAUGAAAUUGUGCUCCCGUCAAUGGCCGCUAUUAAGCGCAACAGUUUCACCGACAUUUCUACGCUAUCUCAAUUGAAUGGUGCCAAGGCGCAGUUGAACGGAACCAGUUGCGGAGUACUAGGCAGCGCCGUGCGUAAAGACAGCAUUGAAGAAGCGAAGAUUGAACAAGAACCCGAAAUGGAACAGGAACCGGAGAAACCCCAACAAAAAAUGGAAGAUGUAAAAGAAAUCGAACGCAUCGUAGAAAUCUCCGCUGCUAAAAUCAUAAAAGAGCCGGAGGAAUCCGCUGAAAGGCUGAACACAGAAAAGCAACAGCAAGUGGAGGUUCACACUAAAGUAGAAGAAGCGGAUUGGAAGCCAAAGUCAGAGACGGCGUCUUAUAUGAUUAGUGAGUCGAAAAGUGAUGAUGAAAAGCUGCAGAACAAACAGCAACACCAGCAUCAUGCCGUUAAAGAACCGCAAACUACAGUUGUAAACAUUACAACAACCAGCACGGUAGUAAGCAGCAGCGCCAGCAACACCAGCGAUGUUUCCGCAGUAGUUACUCCAGUGAACGAAUCUGAUACGAAGAAGUGGACCUACCAAGGACCUCCCACGAUCAGUUUUGCAACCUGGAACGAGCGUCCCAAGAUUGAUGUAUCGAUCAAAUCAGAUCGAGACUAUCGAUUCGGCGGCAGUUCGACGCUGCCGCGUGGUUUCCGCAACGUGAACAGUGUGAAAAGCACGAAGAUCAGCAUUGGGCCAGGUGGAAAUUCCACCUCGACAGUGGAAUCUUCGGUCGGAUAUGUCCGUCAAACAAUCCACGAGGUCGACCAGCUGCAGCCGCAGAAGGAAGAAGAAGUUGCAGUCAAUGUGCCAUCGGGAGCAUCACAAGAACAGCAGCAAGACACUACGGAAACUAAACUGGCUGCGAAUCCACCAAAGCCUGCAACGGUAUCUGCAUCCACUACUGCUCCAGGCGAACGGUUGCCCAUCGUACGAGCGGUAGAGUAUAAAAAGAACAUUACUCAGCGACAGCCACCGCCACCAGUAGAACCGAAACCAUCGUAUAUAUACGAAGCGUUCUCGCGCAAUGGGCCAAACAUGUCUCCAGGAACCAACGUCAGCAGUGUCAGCAUAAACGGAAGCGCUUUGUCCGUUGGCAGUACCAGUAUCAGUCGCUUGAGCUUUGGCCCGAAACCUCCAAGCGUACUACAGCCAACCGUACGAGGCUUCAAAUCGCUCGAUAUUGAAUCUAACACAUCUGGCAGUGGCAUGCCUCGGUUGCGUCCAGUCUCCAUGAUAGACACCGGGACAUUGCGGAAAACCAUUGAUAUGCCGUCAUUGGCCACAGCGUCGCAAGAAGCCCCACAUUCGUUACCUUUCUCGCAGCACACCCUGCGCCGCACGGGAUUGAAGGAUAAAAUCUUAGCUAAGGAGGAUCCGGUCACAACGUCCGCCGACACAGUUGUGAAGGCCAAUGUAAGCGUUAGCGGUACUAUCCCCGCUGCACCGGUGGUGCCUGUUUCCGUUCCAACGGCGUCAAAUGUGCCUCCGCCGCCUGCCCCGAUGCCGUCACUGGCAAAACCAUCUCAACCAGUAGUGCGAGGUGCGAUCGUGAAAAAAUCACCCGUCAAUACGCCGGCCAUCGAUACGAGGACGGCCCUCUUGGAUGCCAUUAGAAAUUUCAAUAAGGAUUCGUUGCGAAAAUGAUGAAAACCCACGUUCUCUGGAGAACGGUGGCGCUAAGGAUUCGAUGCGAAUCAAAUGGGACCAAAGUCAAGCAGUUGUGCGAAAAAGAUUUAUUAUUGGCUUUUAAUUUUUCUACUGCUAAACAAAUGUUUUCUUCUUGUACAACAUUUGGCAGUGGGAAUAUUUUUUGUUAUUGUACUUUUGGCUUGUUAA